AUGAAAGGCGAGCAUUCUUGUUUGCACUGGAAGCCGCUCUGGCUUCUGUUCAUUGUGUUAGCGGUUGUUGGCACUGAUGCAUCAGAGGUGCAACGUGAAUUUCGAGUUUCCGAGCUGGCUCCGGUCGGUCAUAUUAUCGGUUACAUAAGUGGAUCAGCUUUAAUUGGUCUGAAAGCACACUAUUACAUCGUUUAUCCGGAUAGUUCAGGACAAGUGGAGAAUGUGAGUCCCUUUCGAAUAGUCCGCCGCCUAAAAUUUAUUAUUGCCUUAUCUUUUAGCACGUCUAAGUUGAUCGACUGGCUGGGUCAUGUAGAUCUUGCAAUGACUGAGAUGAAAAGUCUCGUUUGCUUGACAUUGUUGAAUGUGAUUGGAUUGCACAUCCGAAUGAUUUGUCAGUGUCAAAUGACUGGUCAAUCAUAA